CGCGUAACGCUCGUGAAGUGGAGUUCAGCUGAGCGGGGAUGUGAAGCCGGUAUUGAUUUCCAGACCAAGGCUUGGAAACGCCGACGAUUUCAUCGGCCGUGGUGCGAGUCUGAAGGCGAGCUAGACGACAAGAAGGAGUGCCACGCACCAAGCAGGGAAACCUCCAAGAAGAGGAGCCGAAGUUCAUAUUAACAUAUAACCAGCUGUGUGCGCAUAUCAUCCGUCUGCAUCUCGACGUUGUUAUCCCUUUGUGCUCUUCCGGUUUGGACGAGCGGGUUUACAUCUUCAUCAACAACCUUUUUUUUCUCACCUUGUUACAUCGCAAGUACUUCGUUUGCAUUCGCAAAGAUGCUCGACGACAUCAAAGACCCCAAGGCCAUGGAGACCAAAGUCGAAAGGUAUGAAGUCGUUUCAGAUGGCGAGACAGGCUUUGUGAAGCCUAUCGUGGAGCCGGCGGCGAUGGGAACGGUGACCAUGACCAAUCUCGACGAGAUUUUCUUGAUUCCAGCCCCCAGCGCUGAUCCUCGAGAUCCAUUAAACCUGUCCAAGUUUCGCAAAAUUCUCUUCAUCGUGCUGGUGUCCAUCUUCUCCAGUCUGGGUCUUGCACUGGUUUCGGGUUUCGGUGGUCUUCUAACCUGGUAUAUUCCUAUCUAUGCCGCGGCUGGGGCUACUUAUGCGGACAUCACGGCGCUCAUGACGUACCCGUCAAUGUUCAUGGGUGUGGGAAACCUCGUUUGCAUGCCGCUGGCUCUUGCAAUCGGAAGACGCCCUGUCUACCUUUUUUCGCUACUGCUCCUCAUCGCCGCCUCUGUCUGGGCUGCCAAUGCUAAAAGCUACAACGAACACCUCGGGGCCAGGAUGCUACUCGGGUUCGCUGCCGGUCAGAGCGAGGCGUUGGUUCCGAUGAUGAUUCAGGAAAUCCACUUUGUUCACGAGCGCAGUACCUUCUUGAUGUGGCAGUCUGCCGUACAAACAGUACUGUCGGCUGUGUACAUCAUCUGCGCAUCGCCAAUUGCUGGCGCUGUUGGUCCAUCUAACUGGUAUUACCUUGGUUCCGGACUUUGCGCAGCCACGUUCAUCGCCUCGAUUUUCUGGGUUCCCGAGAGCAAGUACGAUCGACCUAUGACUGCUUACGGUCAGUUCUCCGCAGAAGAAGGAGGCGAGCUAGAGGGAUCUAGAGCGACUGCACCACUGCCAGCUAAACUAUCGGAAAGGCCCCCACUGGACUUCACAAAAUUCCUUCCUCGUACUACGUGGUCGGACAUGCGCCUCUUCGUCAAUGAGCCGGAAUGGAUGGAAGGUGUUUAUGGCUUCAUCAACACUUUCCAAGUCAUGUUGUUCCCCAACGUGCUCUGGGCCUUCUGCUUGAACGGUCUUACUAUUGGUGUCAACAUUGCCAUUGGAACGACUUACGGCACCAUCGUACACGCGCCACCAUAUAACUGGUCUGACAAUGCCGUCUCGUAUGUCAAUGCUGGUCAGAUCGUGGUCGCCUUCGUGGCAUUACCACUGCUCGGUAAUGGCAGCGAUGCCAUAAUCAAGUGGCGAGCAAGGCGCAAUGGUGGUGUACACGAGCCCGAGAAUCGUCUACUACUGCUUUGGAUCCCUUUGCUAUGUGGGUGCCUUGCUGCCACUUUGUAUGGUGUGGCAGCGGAACAUCCAGGAGACUACCACUGGUUCGUCUACGUCUUCGCCAACGCAGCGUACUACUUCGCAUUCGUGGGCGCAAAUAUCGCCGCGAUCACGUACCUCCUUGACUCAUACCCGGCACGUGCAGGGCCCAUUCUUGUUGUUAUCACAGCUCUACGAGGUUUUGUCUCUUUCGGUACCAGUUAUGGUGUCGCCAAGUUCAUCGAGACUGAUGGGUACGACGGAGCCUUUGGAACAUAUGCUGGAUUGACUGCGAUUUUCGGCCUGCUGGGUAUCCCAGUCUUCCUGUAUGGUAAGAAGAUCAGGGCAUAUACCGGCAAGUGGGCGAUGAAGAAGGCAUCAGGCCAUCCUUCGAUGUCGCGCUGA